AUGCCGAGCUUCCGCGACUUUCGCAAUGUGGCUGUGCUCGAGCAAUUCGGCAGGAUGGGCAGGGAACCUCCCGGCCGGGACUGGAAAAGCAUCUUCAACCAGCUCAUGCACGAUCCUGACGCAGCGUACCAAAGAGUACCCAGGCUUCCUAACGAGCUAUGGCUAUUGAUCUUUGAGCAGCUUCCGAUCAACUUCGAAGAAGGCGAUCAUGGCUACACCUUUGACCAGCUUAUCGAUUUGCUGACGGUACGGCGCGUCAGUCGGCCAUGGUACCAGCUUUCCAUGGACACUUUCAUCAAAGCGAUGAUGAAGAGGCCUUUCAGGAUCACUCCGGUUGACCUUCUCUUCUUGGACAUGGUGACUGACGACGGCGGGCCGGCCGUCCACACCAAGGAGUUGCUCUUCAGCUCCCAAUUCCCGAGCGGUCGACUUCUCAACAUCUUGCAGAAGUCACUCAGCAACAAGAAGAUGACUAAGGGCAACGACAACUGGAUUAAAAGACUAUGUCAGAGGUACCAGGUAUUGCAAGAGGGCACUACCUCCGUCCUCCACAACGGUUUCCAAUUCCGGGUCCCGCUGCUCGAAACAAUACUGUGCAAGCUUCCUGAGCUUGUCAGCAUCCGCGUUGUCAACGAUCACAGACUCAUGAUGGGACUUAAGGCUCCGGAUAUAAUCAAGGGGAGACUAAUCCUCGAAUGGGUGCGGAAGGGCUUGCGGUAUUCCAAAUACUCUCAGCUAAACUACCAUUUGGGCAACGGAACUCCCGUGCCGUUUAUCAUCUGCGAGGCACUCCGCGGUGCACAAUGUCGCGUACAGACACUCUCGCUGCCACUUGGAUACCGCAACGGUAUUCUUCCGGUCUUUACCCAUGAGGAGAUGGCCGCCCAUGCGCACAGGAAUGGCUGGGAACUGGAAAAGGUCCCAGAUUUCUAUCUAGCUCUCGAUGCGCUAACAUCUUCGACUACUCUACGCCACUUAGACCUGGACUUGUGGUUUCCGCAUUUGUUUAACAGCGACUUAGUCAGAGCCUUGGCCGACUGUUCAACUCUCCGGUCACUGUGCAUCCGCUCCCGCGAGAGCAUCCAGUUCUUGCAGCACAUGUCGCUCAUGAACCCUCAGCUCCCUCUGACCUCGUUUACCGUGGAUCUGCACCAAUGCACACAAGACGACGAUUUGGAGAGUCUCUUCAACAUGCUCAUCCUACUAGGCCCCACGCUGAUGCAUCUAUCCAUUGCAAUCAGCCAACGCCCCCAAGAAGACUGGAACGACCUCUUCCAGGUCCUCGGGAACGCCUGCCAGCUCGACACGCUUUACUUCGAGUUCCCUGUUUGGCGUAGACACCCCUCGGAGCCCGUGAGAACGGCAAACCUCCCUCCGAUCACUGUCGCCAAGCGCAUCCGUGUCAGCGUCUACUACGACACCCCUCCUCCUGGGGACGAUGGCGACCGCUCAAUGGAUGUCGGCUUCGAGCUGCGCACCCCUUGGUCGCCUAGUUAUCAUGAGGUCUGGAAUCCGCCGCGCAUCGUGCGGCCCGAUACGCAAUACCUCUGA